AGGAGUUCCCAGUGACGUUGAGUGCGGCCAGUGCAUCGUCAGUGCGGAGGGGCGGCAAGCUCGACAGGGCUGUCCUCCUGAACGACAUCGCGAAGAUCGCGAGGCUGGCGCUGAAAUUUCCGCUCAGCUUCGUGGACUCGCCGGCUUGCGCGUAUGCGCUUUUCCAAGGCCUGCGCAGCGCGGAGUCCGCCCAGUUCUGCGCGGAGAACUUCCACAAGAAAUUGCUCCCGCUGCUGGCCGAGAAGAUUCACACCUAUCAGCUGCCCGAGCUGCGCGAGGUGUUGAAGAAGACACUGGAGGCGUUGGACACAGACCUGCUCAAGAGCGUGCACGCCUUCAGCGGCGUUUGUGCUGCAAUAGUCCUGGUUCUAGGAGACAAGCUCGUCGUCGCGGGCGUCGGCCGCGUGCGGAUGCUGUUGCUGCCAGAGAAGGGCCCGCCGCAGCUCCCGCCGCUGCUCGCCUGCGGCGCCGGCGUGGGCGAGGACGAGGCGGAGAUGGAACGGGUGCGCAAGGCGGGUGGAACCGUGCACGACGGUCUCGUUCUCGGCCGGGCGGCGAUGGGCACGCCGGACGAGGCGGCGCGCAUGCUCGCGGCGAGGAGCAGUUUCGAGGUGCUCCAGCUGGAGCCCGGGGCACCCCUGGACGAGAAGGCCGUGCGCACCGCGUACCGGAAGCUCGCGCUGAAGGUUCACCCGGACAAGCAGAGCGACGACGUGGACAAGCCUGCGUACACGGCGGCGUUUGCACGCCUGGAGAGUUCGAGGGAGGCCCUGGAGACCACCCUCGGCGACGGCGGGCAGGACGCGGUGGACGCCUGCCGGGACCUGCUCCAGGUCCUGGGCGCGGAGGUGCACACGCGCGCGGGGGCGGCGGCGCUGCUCGGCGUGGAGGCGGAGGCCGUGCUGGACACCACGGCCGUGGCGGAGGAGGCGGAGAAGGCCAGCAAGGCGAUGGUCAAGAAGCUGGAGAGGGCGCUGAAGUGGCCGCUUCUGAAGCCGGACUACGACACCGCGGUCGCUCUCUGCCAGGAGGCCGUGGAGACGCUCCGCCGGGGCUGCACGCCCGAGGCGCUGCCUCGCUACGAGGCGCCCGUCGCCGCGAGGGCGUUGCCUCGCCGCGGACACGCGCCUCGCCACGGGGCUCCGCGUGGAGGGUUUCUCCGAAGGGCUUAGGCGACCA